AUGCUCAAGAAGUGGUGGACCAAAAUAACAGUGCCAGUUUACAAGAAAAAAAAACAAAUUCAAAUCCUUCAGGAUGUUAUUGUUAAGCCAGCUUCUACAAGCAGUGAAACUAAAACUUUUCAAGAACCUCGCUGCAGUUUAUCUAUUGCUUUUCAAGAACCUAGCUUCAGUUCAACUUUACACGAUAGCUCAAUACAGAAUAAUCAAAGUUCAUUGACAAAUUUGAAUAUUUCUACAAUUUAUGGUAAAGAUUUAAAUACAGAUGCAUCUAAUAACAAUUAUACUCCCAACCCUUCCGAGAAAAUCUGUGCAAUAUAUGACACUCAAACGCAAAAUGAACAAAUUUCAUUAACAUAUUUGAAUAUUCCUGCAAAUUCUGCUAAAGAUUUUGAACCCGAUUCAUCUGAUGAUAGUUAUGCUCCCAACUCGUCUGACCUAGAAACUGAUUCUUCUUACUCCGACGAUAGUGAUGGUGAUGAUAGCGUAAUAACUUACUAUGAAAACAGUUCUGAAACCGAAUUAGUUCAAAUACUUGAAAAUACUCAAUGUACAGAAAACAAUAAUUUUAAUGAGUGGGAAGACAUUAACGAUACAAAACCUGAUUUCGAUGAAUUCAUAGAUAAUUGUAGACCGAACAUUCCGGAUAAUACUAUAACGCCAGCAGAUUUUUACAGUUUUUUAUUUUUACAUUUGUAA